UGUUAUAUGAGUUCAUCGUUCUUGUGUCUGUAUUCACCGUCUGCAACACACAACGAACUUUGUUAAGAGCAAAAUGCGGGCGAGCACGUCGGGAAAAUCCGCGGAGACAGCAGUUGAGGAUAUCGAACAAGCACAUGCAGAAUGAUCCAUUUCUCGCAACCUUAAAAAGACAUGAAGACCCUCAAAAGAUGUCCUCUUUAAGGCGUUGGAUAGCCGUUUUUGUCAUUGGCCUUGGCGCUCUGUGCGCCACCUCGGCGUCUUCAAAUGGACGCUUUCACGGAGACGGGCAGUGCUGAAACUUUCCGCGUAUCGCAUGAGGUCGCGAUACUCGGCAUUAGCUUGUUUGUUCUUGGGCUUGGUAUUGGGCCGCUACUUGUCGGCCCUCUCUCCGAAGUUUAUGGUCGGAAUAUCAUAUACAGAGUUUCAUAUAUUUCAUUCUUUAUUUUGACAUUCCCGGUCGCCUUCGCUCCGAACAUCGCCGUCUUCCUUAUGUUCCGGUUAUUGACGGGUUUUUGCGGGUCGGCGUUCUUGAGCGUAGCUGGUGGCUCUGUAAGUGACCUGUUUCCGGACUCGGAGGUGGUCAAUCCCAUGGGUGUCUACACGGUGUCACCGUUUAUCGGACCGACCCUCGGUCCAUUGAUUGCUGGGUUCAUCAACCAGAACCUUGAUUGGCGAUGGACCUAUCGCAUAGACUUGUGCUGGAUCUUUGGACAGUGCAUCCUUUUGUUCAUUUUUGUCCCUGAAACUUAUGCGCCUGUCCUACUCAAGAGGAAAGCUGCCAGACUACGAGAGCAAACGGGUAAUCCAAAAUAUUGUGCUCCCUUGGACAGAAGACAGGGUAGCUUAGCUUCCGCGGUCUUGAUCAGUUGCUAUAAACCCUUUCAGCUCCUGCUGUUCGAUAGAAUGGCACUCCUCCUGAAUACGUGGAAUGCGUUGUUAUUGGGGGUGCUGUACCUGGCGUUCCAAGCGUUUCCGGUUAUAUUCGAAGACAAGCAUCAUUUCAACGUCCAAAUGACGGGUCUCUCAUUCGUUGGACUUGGUAUCGGAAUGCUUGUUGCUCUCUCCACAUUACCGUUCUGGAACAGAUUGUUUGCACGCAAAGCAAAGCAAUUUGGUAGGGCGUAUCCGCCAGAGAUCAGGCUAAUCAUGGGUCAAGUUGGCAGCGUCCUUGUACCAAUCGGCUUGUUUUGGCUUGCCUUCACCACCUAUUCCGGUGUUCCUUGGAUCGUCCCCAUGAUUGCCUCAGUCCCACUCGGGGCUGGCAUCUUUUUCUCCUUCAUGUCGACCUUUAUGUACCUCGUUACUGCAUACCGCCCUAUUUCAGCCUCGGCAAUGGCGAGUAAUGCUGCCCUCCGGUGUAUAUUUGCCGCCGCUUUCCCCCUUUUUGUUGGUCCAAUGUACGACCGCCUAGGAACAGUCGGGGCAACGGCGCUCUUGGCGGGUCUUACGACAAUCAUGGCUCCACUACCAUUUAUUUUCUACCGUAUUGGAGAGCGGUUACGGAAGAAGUCACCAUUCGCAGUUAGCUGAUCUAGACUUUGUACUACUAGACAUAUCCACCCCAUCCAAUAUAUCUUCGCAGGUCUACGUGCGUCAGGCUUGCUAAUAAUGACAGAAAG